GCAGCUAAGCUAGUACGUUAGCUCGAUAAAUCGAUCAGCUGGUGGUCGGAGAAUCGCUGGAGUAGUAGGUCGCUACGUACCUCGUCGGAGAAGAUGAGUCAGCUUGCGUCGGCGCCCAAGGUGGCGCUGGGAUCGAUCGCGUUCGCGGUGUUCUGGAUGAUGGCGGUGUUCCCGUCGGUGCCGUUCCUGCCGAUCGGGCGGACGGCGGGGUCGCUGCUGAGCGCGGUGCUGAUGAUCAUCUUCCACGUGAUCAGCCCCGACGACGCGUACGCCUCCAUCGACCUCCCCAUCCUGGGCCUCCUCUUCGCCACCAUGGUGGUGGGCAGCUACCUGAAGAACGCCGGCAUGUUCAAGCACCUGGGGCGGCUGCUGGCCUGGAAGAGCCAGGGCGGCCGCGACCUGCUCUGCCGCGUCUGCAUCGUCACCGCGCUCGCCAGCGCCCUCUUCACCAACGACACCUGCUGCGUCGUCCUCACCGAGUUCGUGCUGGAGCUCGCCGCCGACCGCAACCUCCCCGCCAAGCCCUUCCUCCUGGCGCUCGCCUCCAGCGCCAACAUCGGCUCCGCCACCACGCCCAUCGGGAACCCGCAGAACCUGGUCAUCGCCUUCAACAGCAAGAUCCCCUUCCCCAAGUUCCUCAUCGGGAUCCUCCCCGCCAUGCUCGUCGGCAUGGCCGUCAACAUGGUCAUGCUGCUCUGCAUGUACUGGAGGGAGCUGGGCGGCGGCGCCGAGCUCUCCGUGGACGGGAAGCAGCAGAUGGAGGCCGCGGAGGAGGGGCGGUCGCCGUCGGUGGCGUCGCUCAAGAGCCCGCAGCUGAACGGCAACGGCAACGCGCUGUCGCUGGAGAUGUCGGAGAACAUCACGACGAAGCACCCGUGGUUCAUGCAGUGCACGGAGGAGCGGCGGAAGCUGUUCCUCAAGAGCUUCGCGUACGUGGUGACGGUGGGCAUGGUGGUGGCCUACAUGGUGGGGCUCAACAUGUCGUGGACCGCCAUCACCACCGCGCUCGCCCUCGUCGUCGUCGACUUCCGCGACGCCGAGCCGUGCCUGGACACCGUCUCCUACUCGCUGCUGGUCUUCUUCUCCGGCAUGUUCAUCACGGUGAGCGGGUUCAACAAGACGGGCCUCCCGGGCGCCAUCUGGGACUUCAUGGCGCCCUACUCCAAGGUCAACAGCGUCGGCGGCAUCUCCGUCCUCUCCAUCAUCAUCCUCCUCCUCUCCAACCUCGCCUCCAACGUCCCAACGGUGCUGCUGAUGGGCGACGAGGUGGCGAAGGCGGCGGCGCUGAUAUCGCCGGCGGCGGUGACUCGGUCGUGGCUGCUGCUGGCGUGGGUGAGCACGGUGGCGGGGAACCUGUCGCUGCUGGGGUCGGCGGCGAACCUGAUCGUGUGCGAGCAGGCGCGCCGGGCGCCGAGGAAUGCCUACGACCUCACCUUCUGGCAACACAUCGUCUUCGGCGUCCCCUCCACCCUCAUCGUCACCGCCAUCGGCAUACCGCUCAUCGGCAAGAUCUAAUCAUGCAAUCCUCAACCUCAUUAAUUAAUCCAAGCCAAUGAUGGACAAUGCAUGCAGAUAUAUAUGCUCAAGUGUUCAAUUACUUAAGAGAAUGAAUGAUCAAUGUUGUGUAUGAUUUUCGUUUUCCUUUUUCUUUUUUCACGUGUAUGUGUUGUAGUGUAUGGCCGGCGAGCUUGCGAUUGAAUUUAAUUUGGCCUUGCUUGCAUGCAUGGUGAUCUCAGCUCAGCUAGCUAUAGCUCUUGCUUAAUUAUAUCAAGUGUUAAUCAUGAUGAGGCGAGGGAAUUACAAGGGA